AAGACUAGACUCGUUCGCGAAUGUUACAAUCACACAGUAACGCGCUGCUUCGGUUGCAACUCUUCCUUUUUGUCUUUUCUGAAUGACUGAGCUAUUGAAAAAAUCUGUAUUUUAUCAUCUUCGUGUCGCCGAAGAUGGCCCACAUUGGUGAAGAUAAACACUAUUACCAAAUGGAUCCACCAGCUCACUAAUAGUAAUUACAACAGUAGUAUUGACUACUUUUACACUCUUUUGGACACUAGGGAUUUAUUUGUCAAUCCACAUAGUUUUUCUUGAACCUGGAUCACAGAGUUGGGGACUACACUUCUGGGGUGCACAGGACUCUGCGACCCAAACUACUUCUAGUUAGUUCAUGGCAAUCAACACUGAUAUUGAGGACUGGGGAGCAGUCGGCAGUAAUGAUUCAGGAGAGCGAGCCUGGCUCUUGCAGAGCCCCAGCGUGGACUCUGUACAGCAUCUUGAGUCGGAGAUGAGGCAGAGCAGGGGAGUGUCGUCCUGGGGAGCCGUUUUCAUCGUGGUGAACGCAGCUCUGGGUGCAGGUCUGCUCAACUUCCCAGCAGCCUUCAAUAUGGCUGGAGGAGUCACGGCAGGAGUGAUGCUUCAAAUGUUUAUGCUGAUCUUCAUUAUUAGCGGGCUGGUCAUUUUAGGCUACUGCUCCCAGGUCAGCAACGAGAGCACCUAUCAGGAGGUCGUUCGAGCCACUUGUGGAAAAGUCACAGGGGUCUUAUGUGAAGUCGCCAUCGCCAUUUACACCUUUGGCACUUGCAUCGCUUUCUUCAUCGUAAUUGGAGACCAGCUUGACCGCUUGAUUGCUGUGAUGGCUCAUGAAGGGGAUGAUGCAGUCAGCAAUCACUGGUUCACCGACCGCAAGUUUACCAUCGUUGUCACCGCAGUCCUGGUCAUUCUCCCUUUGUCCAUCCCCAAAGAGAUUGGAUUCCAGAAAUAUGCCAGUGCUCUGAGUGUGAUGGGAACCUGGUACGUUACCACAGUGGUGAUUAUAAAAUACAUCUGGCCUGAUAAAGAAGUCAUGCCAGGUGUUUUUCCCACCAGUUCUGCGUCAUGGACUGCAGUUUUCAAUGCAAUGCCAACCAUAUGCUUUGGUUUCCAGUGCCAUGUAAGUUGUGUGCCCGUGUUCAACAGCAUGAGCAAGAAAGCCAUCAAACCUUGGGGACUUGUCGUCACUUUCAGCAUGAUUAUCUGCCUCUUUGUUUACACAGGGACAGGUGUCUGUGGCUUCCUGACAUUUGGCUCUGUUGUCAGCCAGGAUGUACUGAUGUCAUAUCCUUCUGAUGACAUUGCUGUGGCCAUCGCCAGGGCAUUCAUUGUGGUCUGCGUGGUCACUUCAUACCCUAUUUUACAUUUCUGUGGCAGAGCUGUUAUUGAGGGCCUGUGGUUGCGCAUGCAAGGCGAGCAGGUGGAGGUGUGUGUGCGGCGCGAACAGAGGCGGAGGAUCCUGCAGACGCUCCUGUGGUUUAUCAUCACUCUCGUUCUCGCGCUCUUCAUCCCCGACAUCGGCCGCGUCAUCUCGCUAAUUGGAGGAUUGGCGGCCUGCUUUAUCUUCGUCUUUCCAGGUUUGUGUUUGAUGCAAGUCAAAUUGUCAGAGACAGAUCGUCGAACUACCAGCUGGCAUGGACAGGUGGUGUUCGCCGUCAUUAUGGUUACGCUCGGAGCGUUCAUCUUUGGCCUCACUACGACUAACUCCAUCUAUCAGGAUGUCGCCAGCUAAAAGGAUUAGUUUCUCUCCAAGCCUGCAGAUGUCACUGUUGUGACUAUCCAGUGCUGCGAUCAUCAACUACAAAGCUUCUCUUGCAUGACAAGUCCUUUUAAAUCAAGCCAGACCUCCACAUUGCACAUCUGUACUUUAAAACCAGGAGUCGAGCAAAGACACCCCAGCAUACCAAGUCAACCUCAGACACUUGUGCGUUUUGCUAUCAUGUUUAAAUUGCAUGUUUAUUUUAAAAUGUUGGUUUUAACCUGCAGCUGAAACAGGUUUGUGAAUGCAGUCAUUCCUCAGUGACUUCCGCUGUAAUUUUGUUCGGGGGAAUCAAUCCUAAAUGGACUUUGUAUUGAAGACCAUACAAUCAAAUAGAUUUUUAUAAUGGAAUUGCACAAAUUGGUACAUUGCAUGUCAUGGUGGAUGUUUAUCCUUAAAGAACAUGUGCAGUAUGUGACCUAUUACUCAAUCUCAUUGAGGUCCAAACGGAGUUACAUGCACCUUUUCACGUUUUGACUUGGUAACAUUUGCCUGAAAUGCUUGAAUCUGCUUUCCAAAUACCCAGUGACAUUAACAGUAAUUUGCAGGACCGCUAACUUGACGCUGUGUAGAGCUGAGGUGCUAUGCAGGACAAGGAGCACCGACAUGGUGCAGAAUGUGAGACCAAAAUUGAUUUAGCAAUGUUACUGUGACUGUAUACAAAAUCCUAGCAUUUAAGUAUCCACUACUCCACUAGACCGUGUACAACAAUCCAUCUUGAUGAACAAUUGAAUGUAGUGUGAAGGCUCAAACCAGUAAAACAGUGGGAAGGUUUUUGUCUUGAGCUCCAGUGGCCGCGACUUUUAACACUACAGUAGAUAAUCAAAUUCUAUCUUUUAAAGCAAUAUUUCAGGUUUUAUCAAGGGUCUGACAAGGGACAGGAAUGUUUUUAUUUUAAAAUCACAGAACUUUUCUAAAGGGAAACCACGAGUACUAUGUUUUUAUGGCUUGAAUUUUAAACAUUUGUAUCAAAUGCUUUAUGAUUUCUCUUUUUGGUGCUGCAGUCUGCUGUUUAUUGGAAGAUAUGAAUAAAUAGCUGCAUUUA